AUGAGUGUACGAGUUAGUGGCGGGGGGGUCGAAGGGGUUAGGCAAGGCAAUAGCACUAGAACUGGCAUCGAAAGACAUGGAUCGGGCUCACAAGAACCAGGCGCCAAUCUGCUCCUUCUCGCCCGGACGGAAAGUGCAUUACAAGCUACGCAGCAUGAAGUCGAAGCCGCAUGUGUCUCGUCAAAACAGAUUGUCGAUACACGGUCGGUUGAUCUGACCAAACCUGAUGAAAUAUCUAGAGCCUUACGACACUACCACCCGCCUGACAUCCUUGUCUGCACAGCGGGGGGCACUCCCAACCAGGUCGGCUUUCUCGCCGAUGUCCCUCCCGAAGCUCUCACCUCGUGCAUGGAAUCAAACUACUACACCACAAUAUUCGCCGUCCAAUGCUGCUUGAAACUAUGGCUCGUUACCCCGCAGACGCCCUCCCCCAGACAUAUUAUCCUCACAUCCUCGACCGCCGCUUUCCUCGGGCUACCGGGUUACAUAGCAUACACCCCUACCAAGGUAGCUAUUCGCGCGUUGGCUGAUACCCUUCGUCAAGAACUGCUUCUUUACGGAAAAGAUGCGUUUAAAGUCCAUUGCUGUUUUCCUGGAUCAUUCCUAUCGGAGUCCUUUUUCCAGGAGCAAGAACACAAACCCGGGCUUACAAAGGUCCUCGAGGGAACCAGUAUGUCUCAGGAGGAACUGGAGCGCAAGAUACCCGGUGCCCGAGAGGUCGCGAGGAAGAUUGUUCGGGGCUUGGAGAAGGGGAAGACGUACAUCUCAGUCGACUUCCAGACGGAGCUUCUGCUGAAUAAUAUGCGUGGGCCGAGUCCGCGGUUUUGGACGGUGUGUGAUUUCAUGCUGGGAUUGUUAGCGUCCUUCGUAUGGUGGGUUUUCCGUAUCGAUUUUGAUGCGAAGACCACAAGGUAUGGGGCGGCGAGGAAUGCAAGAGAUAGUCGGGUUUAA